CCUCCCCAAAGCGCAGCACCGCCGUUGUUGUUGUGGUCGAUCAUAAUGGCGGCAGCUGGAGGCGGAUUACCAGCCUCGGUUGUCACUGCAGGCGCAAACCCGUCGGCCACGGUGCGCGGUCGUUUCCCCGGAAGGCCAUGGGCAUCUCGGAGUCAGCUGAAGAGGGAGAGGCGUCUGCGGGUGGGCCGGCUGGGGGCCGAAGAGCGAGCGGCUCGGUCCAGGGGGCCGAGGCCCGUGAACGUCGGCGCUACGCUGCAGGAGGACCCGUGCUUACUGCGCUUGCUGGAGCUGGCGGAGAAACUCGGGCGCCAGAAGGAGGCUGGGUUCUGCACCAGUGGCAGCGAAGAGGAGGGAGAUUUCACAGGCUUUCAAGCAGAUGGUCGUUGGUCCUUGUGCUCUGGACAAGGCAGUAUUCUUAAAUCCUCUUCAGCACCAUCAAUUGAGAACCCUCCUCUGGCUCCUGACUUAUCUGCAGAUGACAAAAAAGCCACUACUGGAAAAAAACUCUUGAGGACCACUGCAGAAACAGAGCAGCCUGAGAAGAAACGUGUAAAUGUUCUCAAAGCUGACCACAAAAUUGAAAGGCCCAAAUUUGUUGUUAAAUUAGCUAGCAAAAAUGUGACCAAGAAAAAUGCAUCAGGUAGACAACAAGUGAAAAAGGCUUCUUUGCGUGGGGUUCGAGAGAAAAUUACUCAGAAAGGAAUUAAGUUCUCACAUGAACAAGAAAAUGGAGGUGUAGAUGAUGAAGCGUUGGAUAAACCGGGCAAUGAAGUUAAAGUGGCAGCUGCAGAGGUUGAAAGAAAGGGAAGAAAGCAAGAUGAUACCAUCAUUUUAGAAAAUAGAACAAGGCAGAAGAAAUUGGUAUGGACUUUGACACUGGUUAAGGGGAAAAGAAGAACUUCCAAAAAAAGACUGGCUGACAAUUUGGACCAAAACCCUUCUAGAGGAUUUGUUAAGACUGCUGAUCUAGACCAGUCUGAGCAUGGAAAAACCAAGGAUGUGCUCACUACUGAUGAUUCUACAUCUCCCAGAACUACUGGGAAGCGGAGAAGGAUCCCCAAGGCUAUGAGAGCUUCUCUAGAAGUCAGGACUGAGGCAGGACAGGAGGAUGCAGUUUCUCCUGAUGGGAGUGCGGGUGCGUUAUUGAGGGACAAUUCUUCACGUUCUCCUAAAAAAUCUCCCCCUGUUGUAAAACGGCGGAAGUCUUUAUUUGGAUAUAGAAGGACGCCAGAGCAAGAGUUGAUGCGGAAAAUGCGCGAGUCUCAGUUGCAAGGGGAGGGUAAAAUCCCCAGGAAAAGAAGACGUCUUGUCUGUUACGCCUAUGAAGUAGUGGACUCGCCCGUGAGAGAAGAUCAACAGCAGGAGCUGCCAGGACAGGCACAGGACACAGGAGCAGCAAGUCAACAAGGAUUCGCUGAAGGUGGUGUGGUGAGUGCUCGGCCAUCCAGGGUGAUCAAGGUACCCAAGAGGUUCAUGGAUGAUGAGGGCAUGUCUGGACUGCCUGUGAAGAAGCCUGCUCAAACUGAAAUCCUACCGAAUGAGUCUGGCAUUGAAUUGGAGCAAGCUGAUAUCCAACAAACACAGGAGUUUAAAAGAAGGCGAAAGAGGGCAAAACUGCAUAACAUCAGUGAUGGCGAUGGAAAUUUUGUUGGAAAGGCGAAGUCUCAGGGAGGGAAGCCCAGAGGCUUCUCAGGGUCGUCCGAUGGCCCUCAGAAGAAGGUUGGGAGAGUUGCUUAUGAUUCCACUCACCUUAAAAUUUAUGAGAGGCUGAAGAAGCUCACAGCGAGCUUGGCUCAGCGAAGGCAGAAGCGAAUGGCCAGUUACAAAGAUGAUGGUGUAAAGCUAGAGGGCGAGCUCCAGGGUACAGAGGAAUCCUCAGGUUCCAGAGGUGUAAGAAGACAGAGGAACUCUGAUCUAAAGAUAGAGGAGGUAAACUCUCCAGGAGUUGUGCGUAAACUAGCUGUACAUGUUGAUGAUACGGCUGGUCAGUCAGCAGUUUCCACUGUUGAAGGAGGUGAAGAUGCAACCAAAGCAGUCGCAGAGGGAACCAGCUUGGAAGGCACAGAUGUACAAAGGCAAGAUGAAAGUUGUUCUCAGAUUUCGGCGGAGCAGGUCAGUCCUAUCCAAAGACUCAACCUCUCCGGUGCCAACAAGAGGAUGCUCCACUUGCUGAAGAGGGCCAAGGUCCAGCUGAUUAAGAUUGACCAGCAGAAACAGCUGAAGUCAGCUCAGCUGCUGUCUGGUGCAGUUAGAAGUGGAGAUGGUGCUAUUAGGGGCAUUCGGAGGAGGAGGAGAAGAGGAGUGGGCAGAGGAAAUACACAAGCGGCUCCUCAGGGCCAUCCAAUAGGAGGUCCACGGAUAAAGCACGUGUGCCGGGCAGCAGCAGUGGCACUGGGGCAGCCUCGAGCCAUGGUGCCAGAUGACAUCCCCAGACUCAGUGCCCUGCCUCUGCAUGAGAGAGAGGGCAUUGCUCCUUCACCCAACACAGAAGAUCUAGGCUCUUGCUCAGACCCUGAGAGCACUGGUUCUGCUGAGCAAAAGCCAGUGUCCAGUAGAAGGACUUUUGGUUUGCGGCAGAAGCGCUGUUUUCGCUGUAAGGGUUGCUGUCGGGAAGAGGACUGUGGGCGAUGUGUCUUCUGUCUAGAUAAACCGAAGUAUGGAGGACCCAAUAAGAAGCGCCAGAGCUGCAUCUAUAAGAAGUGUGCAAGAAUUGAAGAGAACAAAAUGAAGCGACUGAAAGUUCAGAUGAAGCGACGCCAGAUUUCCGCGGCCACUUAUCCAUGCAGCAGCGGAGAGGAAGAGGGCGAGCAAAGUGGUGCAAGAGAGGAGGUGUCUAGCCAAGCGGACCCCACUAGUACACUCAGCCCCACUAGGAGGCAGCCUAGGCGACGGGUCACUCCACGAUGCUACAGCAGCUUGUUAGAGUCCGACUCCACUGACACGGAGCCAGCCAGCGGAGACACAGGAAAGGAACAGAGCAGUAGUGCACCAACUGAUCAAGCUAUUGAUACUGCUACGCCUCCUAAUGCACGAUAUGAGGUGGGGAAGCCACGGAAGCCUGGCCUGCCGCGAGGGCUUUGGGGCCGCCGGCGAAUCGAUAAGCUUCAGCAUUGCCCUUCCUCACAGGCCCUGAAGCCCAGAGAGCCAUCACCGUCUACACCCAACAACCCCCCCACUCCUACUGGAAGCCCGUCUCUAAAGCUCAAGCUGAAGCUCCAGCUGCGGCUGCAGAGGCUGCCGCUUAGUGUGGUGCGAGCGGCCGAAUUGUCCGUGACGGCAGCGUCACGCCAGCCUGAUGCCAAAAAAGCACAGGAAGAGAAGGCAGAUGGAGGGGAGCAGGUGGAAAAGGAGGGAGCACAGGAGCAAGCCCUUACUGACCUCCACUGUCUUACUCGUUCCCAGAGCUCAGCGGAGCACACGCCGCCUAGCGUUCUGGCCGCGCUGGCCAACGGCUUCACCCAGCGGGAGCCACAGGCACAAGAGUCAACGCCCAAAAUCCGGGUAGACUUCAAGGAGGACUGCAACAUUCAGAAUGUUUGGGCGAUGGGGGGUUUGAGUAUUCUCACAUCAGUUCCAGUCGCACCAGAGUAUGUGUGUCUGCUCUGUGCUAGUAAAGGCCAUCAUGAGAUGAUUUUUUGUCAGAUGUGCUGUGAGCCCUUCCACCGCUUCUGUCUUCCAGUGGACGACCGUCCACAGAAAGACAACAAAGAGAACUGGUGUUGUAGGCGCUGCAAAUACUGCCAUGUCUGCGACCGUAAGAGCAAACAUGGAAAGCCGGUUUUGCAGUGUAAAAGGUGCUUGUACUGCUACCACCCUUCCUGUCUAGGACCCACAUAUCCCAAACCAGCCAAGUGUAACACUCCUUGGGUGUGUAUGAUGUGUAUUCGGUGUAAGAGCUGUGGGGUGACCCCAGGGAAGUCAUGGGACAUGGCCUGGAAUCAUGAGUUAAAUCUCUGCCCACAAUGCAGCAACCUCCACAGCCAAGGUAACUUCUGCACAGUGUGUCUCAAAUGCUACCAAGAACAUGAGUUUGACAGCAAGAUGAUGCAGUGUGCUCGAUGUGCCCAUUGGGUACAUCCAAAGUGUGAGGGUCUCACAGAUGACUUGUAUGAGCUCCUACGCAGGCUGCGAGGGAAGAGUCUGGUGUUUUCUUGUGCAGCAUGCAGUAAGAGUCACCCCAGUGGCUGGCAGGAGGUGGUGCAGGACGUGCUAAGGGACGGUCUGGAGAAGGUUAUGAGUGGCUUACUGAACGCUCCAACCACCUGCCACCUCCGUAUGUGCUCACAGUCUGAAGCUUUUCCUGAUGCUGAGAGCAUAAAGGACAGAAAGACGGUCUGUGAUCUUCGCGCUGUGGAGAGGAAGCUUGAAGAAGGUCUUUACACUACACUGAAAAUGUUUCAUGAGGAUGUGGUGAGGUUGUUAAUGCAGAGGCUGCAGGAAGAAGAACGUCUUCCAGAGGAGCAGAGGCCCACUGCCCAGGCCAAGAUCUUCUAUCUAAGGUUGCUGGAGCAGACUUUCAGUUGGUUUAACAGUCAGGACCCUGUAACAUGGAAACCUCUUUUGAAAGAAUUCCCAAGUGGUAUGCUCCCAGAGGCAGUAAUUCCACCAUCUGAUGAGCACAGUUAUGCCCAAUGGCUGGAGGAACAGGACCGUGCCAUUACCAGGACAAAGGAGACUCAAGAAAACAUUCAUUUAAAAGCACAUGAUCCUCUGAAUGUGAGCCGCCGUGAUGUAGAUGAAAGACAGUGUUCUCUUUGUCAGCAGUAUGGUGAUGCCAAACCCAAUGAGGCGGGCAGGCUGCUGUACUUGGGGCAAAAUGAGUGGGCUCAUGUAAACUGUUGUAUCUGGUCAGCUGAGGUGCAGGAGGUCAAGGGAGCAUUGUUACAUGUCCACAGCGCUGUAACCAGGGGACGGUUCAUGCGCUGUGAGCGGUGUAGCCAGGUGGGAGCAACAGUGGGCUGCUGUCUCUCAACCUGUCAGAGUAACUACCACUUCAUGUGUGCUCGUGCCAGCCACUGUGUCUUUCAGAGUGAUAAGAAGGUCUACUGUCACAAACACCGUGACCUCAUCAACAACAAGAUGAUGAAUGGAUUUGAGGUUCUCAGACGGGUCUAUGUAGAUUUUGAGGGUAUAAGUCUUCGCAGGAAGUUUCUGACUGGCUUGGAGCCGGAGUCUGUUAAUGUGAUGAUAGGCUCUCUACAGAUUAACAGAUUGGGUGUGCUGAGUGAGUUGUCUGAAGUUUCAGGGAAACUGUAUCCUGUGGGUUACCAAUGUACUCGGUGGUAUUGGAGCACAGUUGACCCAAGAAAACGAUGCAGGUACACUUGUAAAGUCACUGAUGUGCAACUGUCAUCGCCAAUGAGAGCUCAUAAUUCAGCACAAAAUCAGGAAGAGAACUGCACCAUUGCACACAGCCCAAAACCUCAUGAAGGUAUGGACUCCACUAAUGUUGAGACUAGUCCUCUUGAUCUACUGCCUAGCACCCCAUCCCCUAACUCCAAACUUGACUCAGGAGCAGAAUCUAAAACUCCAAAGCACCCUCAGAACCGGAGACCAGUUGGAGGGACUUUCAGACCAUUGCCAUCCCCAGGGGCUGCAGUUUCCACGUCCCAUCAUAUCCUAACCAUCAGUGACCUUGAUGAGACACGCCGGUCAAAGAGGAUUUCUGUACGCAGUCGAAAUGCUUCUCCUCCCCAAAAGUCCCCCACGGUGCCAAUGAAACUGCGCUCAGGAGGGACUCUUAACCCCAGAUCGCUUCCAUUUAGUUCCCCUAUCUCUCCGCUUGGUGCUACUGAAAACCUCAUGAGCUCUCCAUCCCCUCGUCGCAGGGGGCGUCCUCCUUCCUCCCCAUCUAGUGCUACCUCGGCGUACUCUCCUCGACAAGGAACCAUUGGGAGCACCCCUUCAACUGUUUUCUUGUCCCCACGCCACUCUCCAAGGAUUCAGCAACAUUUCAGGAGCGCACCACAAGAAUCUGCAGAGGUACCUCAAGAUUUCUCUGCCUCUUUAGAGCCAGAAGAUGCUGCAGGAAUGCCAGAGGACAGCAUCUCCACGAUUGCUGUCAUUGGUGAUGGCAACUCAGUGCCACUGCCGUCAGAUCAAGAGUUGCUCUCCACACACUUUGAUGCUGAUACGGAUGUUGCUGUGGCCUCUGUGCUGAAUGCAAAGCUGGAGUUUGAUGAAGCGCUGCUAAAUGAGAACGUGGCACUGCACUGUGGACUGUAUGGUAGUGGAGCAGAAGCACAAGAAAUCAGGGAGGGUCACGGAGCACAUACUGAGGGGAACAGCUUGCUAGGCCGGAUUUCAGAUGAAGAUACCAGUAUAUACAGUGCUAGUGAAAAAGACUUGCCUGGCCUUGCAGACCCUGGAGGGCAGAUAGAGGUAGAUGGAGACUCUGUUGAUGGAGACUCUGACCAUUAUCUUAAUUUCUCUCGCACAGUAGUGGUCUGUGAUUCUGUCAAGGACUCUGCACAGGCAGGGCUAACUGUUCUUCCUACCUCACAGUCCAUCUCUCAGCUGGAUGGAGCAGAUAAUGAUUCAGAAAGUGAUGCAAGCGAAGCCAGUGGAGAGGACAACACUCAGGAAGUAGGGAAUAGUUAUCAUAGUCAGGAUACUGAGCCAUCAAAGAGCAUCACUCCUAACUCCGGAAGGGAGCUAGUUUGCACAAGCACAGUCGAGUCCUUUGUGCCAGAAUCCAUUCUGAGCCAUGCUGAGCCAGAGGUUUUUCAGAAAACCGCUGUAAAUCAACUUUCUGAUCAGCAAGAGUUACAGGAAUCAGUGCCCUUACAGGAGGGUUGGGAUGUACUUGUUGAUUCUGCCACUGAAGUAUUCGCAGCACAAGACAGCAUAUCUACACAGGAUUUAACGCUGCAAGAAAUGCAGUCAGUAUCUGAGGCAGUAAUAGAAAAUGUGUUACCAACUUCCCCAGUUUUUGAUCCAAGUAUUGAUCUUGUUGCUGGACAAGAGGACAUUUUGGCAGACAGUGAACCUGUAGAGGAUUUAAAUGAAGUGUUGUUGGAUCCUGAGAUGGGUCAUUUUGUCUCUGCUAAAGAUGGCAGCAUAGUGCAUAUGUUUGACUCCUCAUCAGUCAACUCCGUAAACAAGGAUGUAAAAUCGCCAGAGCAGAUUGUCUUGCCAGAGCCUACAGUGAAGGUCGUAUCAGCCCCUUCUUUAAACAGUGUCGGCAAAGUCACUGGUCCAGGUGCACUCCAUCUUAAGAGAUAUGUCAUUCCACAGACUAUACCACAGCACAGAAUAGUGAAGAUGACUGUGCCAGCUGGCACAUCGUUACCUCUGUCUGUUCCUGUCAACAUGGUUUCCACAUCACCAGCUGCCUCAGCUUUUCAAAAAAACCUAGUUGUUGCUUCCUCUCAGGUAGCAGUCAAUGGUCUGGAUUCUCCCAAGGAAGCCCCAAGGAGCCGAACUCUUGCCAUCCGCAUUCCUGCUUCUAGAGUAUCAAGUGGGACUGGUGCAUUACCCAGCCCACAGGUUUUGCUUGUCAACCGUUCUGGUCAGGUUUUAAUAAAAGACCCACAGACCAACACUUACCAGCUGCCUAGUGCUAAUUCACCAUCUUUCAGCCACAUUAGACAAAUUGCUAAGAUCAUCCACAGCAGUAACCUUGUUCAGAGAUCUGUUCCAAGAGUUGUGGUAACCCCUGUGCCUCAAGCAAGCCCCAGCCAAGCUCCAACCACACAUGUAGUAUCAUACAGCAAUGGAGCUGUGCCCUCUACUAAGGUUUUCAUCAGGAAGCUACCUCAAAAGUUUUCAGAAGUGCAAAUGAACAGUGGUGUAAGACUGAACAAUACAGCUGUGCCAGUCUCGCCAGUAUCAGAAGUAAACCAGAGAGAUGACGCACAGGCUAUAAUAGAGAGAGCCAUGGCAAGCCACCGAGAAAUGGCAAACCCUGGUGUGCUGAGUCCAUCCCAGUUCCAGGUCCACCCAUACCUUAGCAAGCUCCACUCUCCUGAUAUGGUAGAACAGUCUUCGAAACUGCAACACCGGACUCAGCCUGCCAUUCUGUCCCGUUCAAAGUCUCAGGUCAGAGUCAAGAGGGUGUCUUCAGCAUCAGAGCGAACAAGCAUAAAGAAAUCCAAGACUGACUUUAUAGAGCCGACGGUUUCUAGCUCUCAGGAUGAACUUAACAGAUUUAACAAGGUACGCAUUAAGGCCCCAACCUUUAAGGACGUGCUGGACUUUGACCACACAGAAGCUGAAAAUCUCCCUGGACCAAAGACUGCUGAAGCCAAAGACUUUGAAAACAAAAGAGUUACUCCAAUAGAAUGUGAAUCCAGUGAACCGCAGGAAGGAGAGAGGGGCAUCCAUGACAAAACUCAUGAAUGGGUCAGCUCUAGAAACAGUGACCUGUCUGACUGGACUCCCUGUGCAGAUUGGAGUUCAGAUGAGGACUCUCCAUCACCCUUUAAGCAGGAGCAGAAUGAAUGUGCUGGUCAAAAUCAGCCGCACCUGCUCUUCAAAAUCACUAGCGAUGAUGGCUUCAGUGUGGAAGCAGACAGCAUUGAGGUGGCGUGGAGGGCAGUGGUGGAUGGUGUCCAGGAGGCACGGACGGGCUAUAGGCUCGAACAGUUGCCUCUAGGCAGAAUGAGUGGAGCCAGGGUACUUGGUGUCAUCCACGAUGCUGUGCUAUUCCUCCUGGAGCAGCUGCAGGGCGCUCCCCAGUGCCAGAGCCACCGAUUCCGUUUCCACCAGCAUGAGAAACCAGAGAAAGAGCCGCCAGUAAAUCCUAGUGGCUGUGCUCGUGCUGAGGUCUACAUGAGGAAGUCCACAUUUGACAUGUUCAACUUCUUGGCUUCCCAACAUCGGCAGCUUCCUGAGAGCAGGCCCUGUGAUGAAGACGAGGAUGACAUUAAGCUUAAAUCCAGCAGACGUGCGACCAGUACAGAAUUACCGAUGGCAAUGAGGUUCAGGCACCUUGAGAAAACAUCUAAAGAAGCCGUAGGAGUUUAUAGGUCUGCCAUUCAUGGGCGUGGUCUUUUCUGCAAGAGGAACAUAGAAGCUGGAGAGAUGGUGAUUGAGUAUGCUGGUAAUGUCAUUCGUUCAGUUUUAACUGACAAGCGGGAGAAAUACUACGACAGUAAGGGCAUUGGCUGCUACAUGUUUCGUAUUGAUGAUUUUGAUGUCGUGGAUGCCACCAUGCAUGGCAAUGCAGCACGUUUUAUUAACCACUCAUGUGAGCCCAACUGUUACUCGCGGGUCAUUAAUGUGGAAGGCCGGAAGCACAUCGUCAUAUUUGCUUUGAGGAAGAUCUACCGUGGGGAGGAACUCACCUACGAUUACAAGUUCCCCAUUGAAGAUGCCAGCAACAAGCUGCACUGUAACUGUGGAGCUAGACGAUGUAGACGCUUUUUGAAUUAGGAUUUGAACAUGGUUGGAUUGAACUAGGACUUAAACAUGGAUGAAGGUACUCAGGGGCAAGAUAGGAAGUAAAUAAGGGAGGUAGGCAAUUCCGUGUGGAAAGAAACAUUUUAGCUUAAGUCAGUGUUUCCUGGGUUUGAGAAAUACUGGCUUCAAUGAGCAACCAUUUGUCUUUGCAAACAGCUCAACAUAUUGGCAUGCAUGUGGGCAAGUUGAAACCUUUUUGGGCCAAGGACCAGCACAUCUAAUGGACAGAUUUUCCAGUUCUCUCACUCCUUAGUACUGUAGUCCUCUUGCUCAUAAUUGAGUUGCUAAAAAAAAGACGUCCCUCAGAACUCUGUGGCCAUAUUUCAUUCUUGUUGGGACAUAGAGUGAAAUGGCCUUUCCCAUUUUCAUUGAGUGAAAAAUCUUCAGCUUUGUACCUGAUGUUUUCUUAAUGGCUGCUUACAGCCAUAGUGCAGUACUUCAGUUCACUAGGGCUGCUGAGUGUAAACCCAGUCUUGUAUGUUUUAAGGGUGUUUUUGCAUUUUUGCUACUGAUUCGGAAGAGCUCUGUAGAGAGUCCUCAAUUAGCACCUUACCAGUAUAGCUCUGUAUUUAUCAGAGUUGAAUUAUUAUACCCUGUUUGUGGGACUUUGAGUGAUGUUUUUUCAGUGAACAGAGGCUUCAGUGAAUAUAUUUUAAAUGAUGGUGCUAAUCAGAGUACCAGAUUUUUUUUUUCUGCUGCUUUUUAAACUUCCAAACAGCUUUCUUUCUCUUGUGAUUACUGUGCUGUCAAUUUGUGUGAGAUUUCUCUUCCAAAGUUUGGAUUUCCUACAGCUUUCCACAUUUGGGUACCUGUACAGAAUUUUAUUUUUUACCCCGUUCAUUGCGUAUCCCAACUAUGUGCAGAUAAAAUUCUGUAUAUAUGAAUGGUAGGUGCUUAAAGGUCUGCUCUGGGCAAUUUAUUUUUAAUUGUGUGUGUGUGUGUGUGUGUGUGUGUGUGUGCGCUUCUCAUUUCUUUCUUUUUUGUUCUUUUUUUUUAAUAAUUCUGUCUAGUUUUUAUACAUUUUUUGCAGUUGCAGUUGAGAAUUGACACCCAGAUGGUAGUACAUGUAUAGCAUAAGCUUAUCAAAUAAUUUGGCUGUCCAGCUUGUAUUAUCACUUAAAGCUAAAAAUUUUAAAACACAGCUGUUGUAAUUGGACGAAUCUAAAAAAAUAACUUGAAGGAAAUGACCAUGCUUCUUAUAGCCAUGUGUUCUUCUUUUGCUCUCUCUUUCAUAGCCAGUCAUACCAGGGACACUUUGCAGAUCUACUACCUCAGUGGCGCAUGACCCAUGAUAGCUAGUGAAAUACGAUUGAACAGUAGCAAAAAAAUUUGCUGCAGUUUUUCACUAGCAUUGAGUUUAUGCAAUUUGACUGCAGAUUUUUUUUCCUUUGCUUUCAGUGGGCUUCAGGUCCUCCCUUGUGUUUUUGUAUAGAAUGUUUUGUUUACUUAACAUGAAGAGUACGGAUUGAGUCCCUAACUUAGCAUGAGGAACUUGUCCAUGUUAUUUAGCACAGUGCGUCUUUGUAUAUAGUUGUACAAAAAUUUCAGAACCUGUUAAAUUUUUCUACGCACUUUUUUAUUUAUGAUGUUCUAUAUGUAAUAAAGAUCCUAAAAUUUUUCAACAAAACAGUUGAAUGUAAUUCAGUUUUAUUUGUGCGGUUGUAUGCAAAAGGUUUUUUUUUGUUGAUUGAGGUAAAAACAGAAGUGAACACAAACUUAAAAAAAUGCAUUUAGUUUAUAGUUGAUGUUCUUAAGUGGGGGAAAAAAUAAAAUGUGUAGCAGUUGUGGCUUAUUAUGGGAUAUCUUGCAUGCACAGUAUGUUUGGUAACUGUAAGAGCCAUUACAAAAGCCUUAGUUUUAGUUCAUGGUGAAUUUUGAGGUAGGUUUUAGAUCAUUGUCUUAUUUUAAAUGCCACACUCUUUUAGGCUUCUUUUUAAGCUUCACAUUUGCUUUUCACUGAUAUUUAGUGCUUCAUUCUUCCAUCUACCUCUGCAGUGUUUCCAGUGCUGCUGGCCGCCACAUAACCCCAAAGCAGGAUAGAUCAGCGCUUACCAGUUAAUAAGGUGUUCUUUUCAUCAAAUGCUGCUUUUUUUCUUCUAGCAUACGAUCAGAGACUAACAGGCAGUUUUUACCUCAUCAGUUCACAGCACUUGUUUUAAAAUGCCUCUGGUUUACCAAGAUGCCGGAUUUUAUUUGGGCUGUGGCUUCUGUUUUAGAGUGUGUUUUUUAAGUAGCCUGGCAGCCAAUACAUUGCAUUUUUACCUUUUAUCUGAUGGUGGCCUUUAGUCAAGAUCAAAGCCCAAACUUGACAUUGAGAACCAGCGAUCUUGGAGAGAUGGACAUUUGAAUGCUUUUUCAUUAAGAGUCGCAGCAAAUGUAUGUCCCUCAUAUGGCAAAAGACUAAUUAAUCUGAAUAGACAUGAAACAAAGCAUGGAUGUUGCAAUAAAUAUUUGGGGGGGGGGGCAAAGUUAUGCUCUGGUGCCAAAGUGAUACAUGUUUAAGGGUCAUCACCAAAUUCUCAGGAUGGAUUGUCAGCAAGACACUCUGUUCUAUCAAUUUUUCUACAUGGUUGUGUUUUUGAUCCUUUGAAAAUGCAGUAUUUUUAAUCAUUUGUGAAUAAUAUUUCAGCCCUCAAGUAUUUUGACAUGGUCCGAUCUGGCCCUCUUUGAAAAAGGUUUGGACACCCUGAUCUAGAUGUUUUUCAUACUUCAGAUGUUGACUAUGAUGAGGUUACUGGUAAGGUUUCUUUCUGAUGACUCUUCCAUGCAGAUUGUGUUUGUGCAAGUAACGCUGCACCAAAACCUUUUAAGCCUUCCUGCAGGUCCUUGCUGUCAUAUGGGGGUUUUGCUUUGCCUUUCUGGCUGGGAUAAAAGUGGUUCUGUCUGAGAAUUUUCUUGUUCUUCCAGAUUUUGCCACUGUUCCACAGUUCCCAUUAACUUGAUAUCUUUUUAUGGCCUUCCCAUGCUUUGGAGGCAUCAAUGAGUGUCAUUUUGAGACGUUUUCAUUUGCCCAAACGUAUACAUGCCAUACAUGUAUAAAGUAACUGCAUAGUUUGCAGCAGAUGUUCUUUACUUCAUUACACACAAGAAAUAUGUGUAAUUUGUUAAGGGUGUGUUCAUAUUCUUGCACACAACUGUGUAGUGCAUUUUACAAUGUAGUUUGUCAUGGUUUUUGCAGAAAUUUGGGUCCAAACUAGUCAUGACUGAGGUAAGAGUGGUAAUGUGGUAGUGGAGCCAGCAGACAACAUGGUGAGAACAUUUUUGUUAUUUGAUGUAAUAUUCUGUAGCACAGCAUAGCAUAGCAUUUUACAGACUUUAUGAUUUUGUAUUCUUUGUCAGUGUCCAGCAAUGUUCUCUCUCUACACUAUGCAUUCUACAAUUAUGCCAUAAAACUAUUAAGAAUUUCCCCAUGGCGAUU